AUAAUCUAAUAACGCACGAUUCCGCAUAAUCGAUUCUGGCCUCACUGAACCAUGGCGUCGUCUGCGACUGCAGCAUCGGCGUCCGUGCGGAGACGGAACGUCGCCCUGAGUCUCUGCCUCCUCGCGCUGUGCCAGCAGCGCUGCCUGUGUGUAGACCAAGUGCCCGUGCUGCUGUGGUCGACGGAGAGUUCGCUGUGGAGCUCUGAGCCACCACCACACGUGGGUCACAUCGUGUCAGAGUCACAGCUGGAGCAGCAGUUCCUCAAACCAGUGCCUCGGAGUCAGCUCCUGCUGCUCUUCAUUCAGGACAAGCUGAGCGUUGACGACUUCACAAGAUUUGGUGCGUUUGCUAAAAGGAAUGAAAAUGCCUUCUCAAGUGUACAGACGGCACUCAAAUCGUCGCCAUCCUCGCUCGUGCUGCCCGCCGUCGACUGGCGGGCCGCCAGCGAGCUGGCCUCGAAGCUGAGCCAGCGCACGGACGGUGCCGUCACGGAGGUCAAGGACUUCCCUGUGCCGCCGGCGUCCCUGACUCGAGACAGUCCGGGGCUCACCGUCGUGCGUCUCCCAGCUACAGCAAGCGCAAGUGAGGAGGCACGUGGAAGGGCAUUGGCGAAAAAUGAUGACAUCAUUGGCCAGGUGAUGAAACUGCUUGAGAAAGGGGGCCAGUCCUUCACAGCCAUGUACACGGCAAGCCGGCCGUCCAAGGUGCCAACGGGCAACGACUGGGGACGGGAUGAGCUCGCGGCCGACUGGCAUGUCAACCGCCAGCUCCUGCAGGCGGCGACCAAGGCCCCGCCGGCGCCCGCCGGCUCCCAUGCGCCGCUCGUGGUGCAAAACGGCUCGCAGCCGUGCAUCUUAUUCUGGGCCCGCCGCCUCCUCGUCGGCUUUGGCGGCUCUGCCGCCGCCACGUACGACCUCACGAAUGCCACCUUCGUCUCGGGGCUGGUGAACAGCAACGCGUCGGCGUGCCACGCGGACAACUCGACGCUGGUCCUAUCUUACUCAAACUUGAGAAUCUCCAAUCUGCCGGUCACCAACUUGAACAUUGAAAUAACGCUUUCCCAGCGCCAUUACCCGGUGUCCAACCGGAACUGGAUGACGGUGGAGCAGCUGAUCGUGGAGGCUGUGAACGAGACGGCGGGCGGCACCAUGUCGUGGAACGCGACGGAGCAAUACGCUGUGCGUUGGGCGUCCAACCCCUCCGAGUUCUCCUACAGCUGUGGCGCCGUUGACUCGGAGCCCCGGCACAGUGGCAUGGUGCUCAUGGGCAGCUUCGGCCCGGAUGCCUCGCCCGCGGAACGCCAGAGGCAGAUCCACUUCUCCAUCGAGGGAUUCCAGAUCCAGGGCUCCGCGGCGAUGCGUAACGGCACAGCGUUCGCCUACGCCAGCGACUGCACCUCCUUCUUCACGCCCGCCAUCUGGAUGGGCCUCGUGUCGGGCUUCGUGCUGCUGCUCGUCCUCACCUAUGCCCUGCACAUGCUCUCCUCCAUCAAGACCAUGGACCGCUUCGACGACCCCAAGGCGCCCGGCCUCUCCAUCCCGCAGACGGAUUAACCGCUCGCUUGCGCGUGAGAGAGCGUCAACCCCCAGACCGCUUGCCGUUAUUACGACCCACCCACCCCCCUCCCCCACUCCCUCCCCCCUGUAAAAUGCGGCUGCUAAUUACACUCCCAAAGUUGCCGAAAUUUGAUUCGUGUUCAGUUGAUUGUUGUAUGGAUUCAAUUUGUAACAGGGAUGUAUAUAUGUGUAUACAGGGCGAUCCGUUUAUAGAUACUCGGCUGAUUAGUGAAAUGAUCCUCGUAAUUAUUUUCAGCACGUGAUGGGAUAUCGUGAAAGCGAUGUCUGCGUACCUUACAGGGAGGGGAGUUAAGAUUCAAUGCGUGUAUUGGUGAAAGAUGCGCAGACGCCUUGAAUUAAAUCGAACGUUUUCCCUUGUCUCAUUAUUUUGGUGGGGUAUCUAUACAUGGAUCACAUUGUAUAAUAAAGUGUUGAUUGUAGGGGGGGGGGAAGUCAAGUCUUUGAAAGAGUCUGUUUUGUUUGUCAGUCGGAAAAGACUGACCUUUGCGCAAAGGUUUCUGCAUUUAUUAACUCGGUCAUGCUCAAUUAACAUGGUGCCAUCAAUUUUGCUGUGAGCAUAAUCAGUGUAAUCCAGGUUGCGAGUAACACACGGGUGAAUAUUGCCUGGGUGUCGUCGUACUCUUGGGUGACCUGGCUCGAGUGUACGAGUCAAGCGUCUACUUUUGUCCGCUGUAGCAGCAGCAGCGUGGAAUCUGUCUCUUUGUGGGCCUGGUGUCGUUUGGAAUGGAAAACCGGACCAGAUUCUGAGGCCAGUGACCUGGAUGCUGAUUGGGACUCGCUGCUGUUGCCGCCACCGCCGCCCGCCCGCAUGCUUGCGAGGACAACCGGAGGUGGUCAAUUUGUAGUCCUUUUGACCUCAAUGCACUUCAGGUUUCAUUGUCAGCCCAUCAACGUGUGUGUGUGUGUGCGCAAUGAUGAAUUGACUGACUACAUUUUAUGAAUGGGAAAUACUGGUAGGUAGAUUUGAGCUGAGCAGUGAGGAGAGGAUGUAUGUAAACUAUUUAGAAGAUGAGUUAACGCGGCAUGCACGUUAUGUCGCGUAGGUGGUCCGCGUUAAUUGAGAAGGGCACAGCACGUGGCUCGGCACAGCACGUGGCUCGGCACAGCACGUCGCUCGGCACAGCACGUCGCUCGGCACACCCGUCCAAACAUUUGUGGUUGGAGGCAGCUGUGUCCCUCGUCCCCCACAAUGUCUCACCUAAAGAAACCUCGGCCACGGGUUUGCUGCUAGUACUUAAAAGUUAAAGUAGCAGUUUGGCUAUAAGAAAAGUUGUCCACAAAAUAACCAACAUUUCAUGUUUUAAACUUAUCGGAAAGCUGCAUGAAGAACAUUUAAAGCAUAUUACAAUUGCCUUGAUGAUGGGUGAUGCUUUUGUGAGAACCAGCGCGCAGCAUUGACAUGGUACAUUGUGUUAUAGGGCAAAGUGUUGAAUUGUCACUCGUUUUAAUUUAAAUGAACUCAUUAUUUGCUGUGUUGGCACACGCAAAUGCAGGAAAAACACCCCAUGACGUUUGGUGGUACGAGCAGAGUGCAAGACAGAGUCGACACUUUAAUUGGUCGUGCGAAUGGCUGGUGAACCGAAUUGGAGAGAUGUACAAUAUUGUGUUGAUUAAAUUAAUUUUUGCGUGCUUAUGGACCAAUCACUGUCUGCAAUUUACCUGGCAAAUUUCCUCCCCAAAAUGGCCAACCCGUCACUUCAAAAGUUGGAGUAAAAAAAAAACGUGACCCACUCACGUCAUCGUAAAGAUACAUUUACAGCAACAUCAGUGUACAACGCGUUGAAGGAAUAAUGCGGAUGUUGAAUAUGCCAUCUUAAAUUACGGGCCAAGUCCACUGCACUCAAACAUCAGUUGUAAACAACAUUCUGAAACAUCGCCCUCUGUUGGAAUGGUUUUUAACUGCAGUUCUAUUGAACUGUAGUAUUCAACUUGGCCAGCUAUAAUUACAAAAUCAAUUGCAUUGCCCAGGUGACACCACUGGCACUUACACAUACUAAACUACAUUGCUUACAAGGCGUAUGUGCCAGCAGCUUAGGAAAUAUUUUGUUUACAAUUGAAUGCCUCUUCCGCUGUUGUAUUGGGUAAAAUGUGUGCCUUUUGAACUGUCAGAAUGUGCCUGCAAAGACGCAACUUGCACGUAUGUUCCUUAGCGAGAUUUAUUAAAAUUUGCCACAUGCCGUUGUUUACUCCUUGGCAAUGAAUUGCCUUUUUUUCCUAAUCAAGAGUUUAAAUAAAUCCAACUGUAAAGGCAAAUAUGCCGAUAAAUUUCAGUUUUUUUUUACGCUGGCAAGUAAAUAUGUUUAAGCCAUUGUUGGCCCACUUAUAUAGAUGGGUGUGAAACGCAUAGUUAUUUUUGGAAAGGUGCCUUGAUAUAUUAAUCGAAAACCCUAACAAGCAAUAGAGAAAACACCUCAUUUGUGAUUGGUGGUGUGCCAAAUUCAUCGUAGGUCCCAUUUGAAAGCUGCAAAGACAAUUAAAAAAAAUCAUACCCUGAUAUUUAAUAAUUAUAAUAAAACAGAGAAUCGGCCUUGCCUUGUGAAUUUAUUUUCUCAUCUUGUGCUUAUGUCGCACGAUAAUAAUGCGAUAUUGUUAAUUUUGUUGUGUUUAAUUGUCAGUUUUUUGCUACGGGUUCCUGAUCUAUGCAGAUGCUGUGCUUUUACGGUCACUGUAGAAUGUGCUGUAGUUUAUAGGCAAACAAUUCUUCCCCAGUGGCUUUGGGGGAAAUACGUUUGUGCAUUUGUGUGACAUUGCAAUACUGCACUGUGUGUACACGGUUUAAACUGAUUAACACCAAAGGUGCGCUUUCACUGGGCAGAGCACUCUGUCUUGGCGCUUCCAGGCGGAAGUCAGCUCUUGUGUACCUAUGUUGAACUUCUUUCGCACCGUAUGUAGCCAACCACGCUGAUGGACGGUCCCUGGGCGUUUGGCGGGCAUUUCAGUUUGCUUGUUUCAAGAGUACGGUGAUUAUCUACAAAUCAGAUCUUGAAACAAUCUUGACACCGUCCACCUCAUGCUGUGCGUGGCAGCUCCGUGAGCGCCCUGUGGCGAGUUGUGGGCUAAAGGGUCGCUCAAUAGAAAAAGCGCUCCGAAGCAUUCCAGCCCAUUAAGCGCAACACCCCUUUCCCAGUAUUUGCAUAGCGUAGUGGCACAUAACGCAUUACCUAAUUGAAUACAACGUCGCCAACAGCCAGUGCACUAUUUGUGCGUGGCAGAACGGUCAGUUUCUAUACUUGUUCUCAUACCUGACGUUAAAAUAUCCGCCUAUACGUCAAGCCCCAUCGAGUCCAAGAUGUGACAUACCGUUCGCUAUAUGUAAUGAAAUCCUGAGUAUCCUCCACAUACACAUUGCUAUGAGUGAUAUUGCUGUAUUCGACUAUGUGAAAUUCAACUUUAAUUUCUAACAUUUCACUGUUCAAUCCAAACCCCAACAGCAGAUUUAAACAUACAUAUUUAUUGGCUUGCAAAUAUAACGUUUAGGCAGUUAUCAUUUGCGGAUUUUAAAACAAAAUAAUAUUUUUUUAUGCCUAAGAAUAACGUUUGCAGAUAUGAUUUCUUAAUUUCGCAUCACUGUACUACUGAUUAUGUCACUGUAACAUGUUGAUAAAUGUCCAAGAAUAUGUCUUCCUGUUUUACGUGUUUCCUGGUAAUUAUGUUGUCAAUGCCAUUUCUGUAUUGCUGAAUUGCCUCUUGUUUAAUCCAGGAUGAGUCGGAUAUAAUAAAAAUACAGGUUACAUGUGA